UGGCCAUCCGGCGGUGACUCUCGGCAGGCGCACCGCGCGCGGCGGCAGGCGUCGGCCGGGCAGCGCCCGCAGCCGCGGGUCCGAGCGGACGAUGCUGCGGGCGCCGGAUCUUUGUGCGCUCGGCUCCCGGCUCCCGCGUGCCCGCACCUAAAGGAGCACACAGGUCAUGGCACGCUUAACAAAGAGACGGCAGGCGGAUACAAAAGCUAUCCAGCACCUUUGGGCAGCCAUUGAGAUUAUACGGAAUCAGAAGCAGAUUGCCAACAUUGACCGUAUUACAAAGUAUAUGUCUCGAGUCCACGGUAUGCAUCCAAAAGAGACCACCCGUCAGCUGAGCUUAGCUGUGAAAGAUGGUCUCAUUGUGGAAACGCUAACAGUGGGCUGCAAAGGUUCAAAAGCUGGUAUCGAACAGGAAGGAUAUUGGUUGCCAGGAGAUGAGAUUGACUGGGAAACAGAAAAUCAUGACUGGUAUUGUUUUGAAUGCCAUUUGCCUGGAGAGGUGUUGAUAUGUGACCUGUGUUUUCGUGUGUAUCAUUCCAAGUGUUUGUCUGAUGAGUACAGGCUUAGAGACAGCAGUAGUCACUGGCAGUGCCCAGUUUGCAGGAGCAUCAAGAAGAAACACACAAACAAGCAGGAGAUGAGCACAUACCUGCGGUUCAUCGUCUCCCGCAUGAAGGAGAGGGCUAUCGACCUGAAUAAAAAGGGGAAGGACAGCAAACACCCCAUGUACCGGCGGUUGGUGCACUCGGCGGUGGACGUCCCCGCCAUACAGGAGAAGGUGAAUGAAGGGAAAUACCGAAGUUACGAAGAGUUCAAAGCUGAUGCUCAGCUGCUUCUCCACAACACCGUGAUCUUCUAUGGAGGUGGCUUGUCUUUCAUUGCAGCAGACAGCGAGCAGGCCGACAUCGCGAGGAUGCUCUACAAAGACACGUGUCACGAGCUGGAUGAGCUACAGCUUUGCAAGAACUGCUUCUAUUUGUCAAACGCCCGUCCUGACAACUGGUUCUGCUAUCCCUGUAUUCCUAAUCAUGAACUGGUUUGGGCUAAAAUGAAAGGUUUUGGAUUCUGGCCAGCCAAAGUCAUGCAGAAAGAGGACAAUCAGGUUGACGUCCGCUUUUUCGGUCACCACCACCAAAGGGCCUGGAUUCCUUCUGAAAACAUACAGGACAUCACGGUCAACGUUCACCGGCUGCAUGUGAAGCGCAGCAUGGGCUGGAAGAAGGCUUGUGACGAGCUGGAGCUGCACCAGCGUUUCCUCCGUGAAGGGAGGUUCUGGAAGUCCAAGAACGAGGACCGAGGGGAGGAGGAGGCGGAGUCCAGUAUCUCCUCCACCAGUAACGAGCAGCUGAAGGUCACUCAAGAACCGAGAGCAAAGAAAGGACGGCGUAAUCAGAGUGUGGAGCCCAAAAAAGAAGAACCAGAGCCUGAAACGGAAGCAGUAAGUUCCAGCCAGGAAAUCCCCACGAUGCCUCAGCCCAUCGAAAAAGUUUCCGUGUCAACCCAGACCAAGAAGUUAAGUGCCUCUUCACCAAGAAUGCUGCAUCGAAGCACGCAGACCACCAGUGACGGAGUGUGUCAGAGCACGUGCCACGACAAAUACACCAAAAUUUUCAAUGACUUUAAAGACCGAAUGAAGUCUGAUCACAAGCGGGAAACGGAACGAGUUGUACGAGAGGCCCUGGAGAAGCUGCGUUCCGAAAUGGAAGAAGAAAAAAGACAAGCUGUAAAUAAAGCUGUAGCCAAUAUGCAGGGUGAGAUGGACAGAAAAUGUAAGCAAGUAAAGGAAAAGUGUAAAGAAGAAUUUGUGGAAGAAAUCAAGAAGCUGGCAACACAGCACAAACAGCUGAUUUCUCAGACCAAGAAGAAGCAGUGGUGCUACAACUGUGAGGAGGAGGCCAUGUACCACUGCUGCUGGAACACGUCCUACUGCUCCAUCAAGUGCCAGCAGGAGCACUGGCACGCAGAACACAAGCGCACCUGUCGCCGGAAAAGAUGAAGGCUGGUUCUUCCUGGAGAAUCACUGACGGUUAUUCUUCUCAGACACAGCGGUUUUUGUUUCCAAGAAGCCAAAAUUGUUUAGAAUUUGCUUCCCAUUUUGCACCAGCCUUUAAACACUUUUCGUGAAGAAAUUUUGCACAGUAGUUUAAAUCUUUUGUUAAUGCUCCUCUGGAGUUUUUCAGGGGGUAAAAGUAACAUCAGUGGAGGGUAUUAUUUUAAAUAAAUUUUAAUUGAGAGUUUGUUGCAUUUUCAGCAAAUUUUAAAACAUUUUUAGGUUUUACAGAGAUUUUAACCUUUAAACAACAGAUCUUUAAAAAACAACAGGUGAAUACGAGUGAGUUUAACAAAGAAACAUUUAAAAUAGAUCUGAAUGUAAGAACUACAGAACUGUUUCAGAAGUAAAACAUACUACCUUGAUGUGAAAUUUAUUUCUUAACCUUGUUGAGCUGGUUUUGUUCAGCUUACGUUACUGUUUAAAGGCAUUAUCUGUUGGUUAUGCCAGUGGGUAUGUGAUUGAAUUUAGGGAACAGGGUUGACACAGCAGGUGCUAGUCCUGCAUAUUUUUUCUGAAAUAUUUCCCAAUUGUGUUUUUCAUUAUUUCUUUUCAAUAUAUAACUUUUAUAACAAAUUAUUAGCUUUGAUCUUGUAGUUUUAAAUUGCAGGGAACUGGGGUAAUCUUUUACUGAGCUGGAUCUUAGAGAAAAAAUAUUUAAAUUUUAAAGUUUGCACAUUUCAUCUUUGUCCUAACAUGAGUGCUUGUAACAGAAUAAACAACAAAAA